AUGAGGACCCAUAGCAACCCUAUAGUCAUAGAUGCCAUCAAAUGGGUCUUAGGAGAUGAUUUUGUAGGCUCUGAGGAUCGAUACUGUGUAAACACAGAUAUCACCUCCCGUUUUGUCACCUCCCUGCUGGAUAUUGGCCUGUCCAAACACCUUGCCGUACAACUUACUGACCUGAUUUUUCUUGAGAAAUAUCUGGGUGGGUUGGAGGAGGUGGUUGCCUUUGCAGACCCCAUUCGGGGCAUCGCUACUACCUCAAACCUGAGGCGUUAUAUAGAUCAUGAUUUUGAGGAGGAGUUCAAAGAAGAGGAAGAUGAUGAUGACAAAGAUGACGAUGUUGAUGAGGAGGAGCUUGAAGAGGAUGAAGAUGACAAUGAAGAAUAA